GGAAAACGAGAAAAACACCGGCCAUUACCAAUUUACCAUAUCCACCGAUCUGUAUCAAUUUCCCCUUUUCGGCCUUCGUCACUCUUCCCGUCGAUCGACUCCCCACCCCAUCGCCGGCGUGAGUGUAACUCUCCGGCACAUCCAGAGGCCUUCACAGCCGUGGUAACAUCCCCGUCGAGCCCUGAAGUUGUACGCACUACACACGACCCCGCCGGAGACUGCGGAUUUUCCCUAACCUCUGCCCCGCCCAUCCUCCGCCGCCGCCGAUGCUUUCUGGAGGCAUGUACUCUCUACGUGGACUUGUUCAUGAUUGAAGGAUUGGGCAUUAGGGGAUUGUAAAAGCUUCGGAGUAGUUCACCGCCACAAUGCAGGUCAAUUAAAAGUGUGCAUUUCCCCUCCGGAUUAAUUUGUUUCGUGGCCUUUCCUUGCAAGGAUAUCUAAAUACUAGAGGUUGAGCUGGAAUUGUAGGAGAUACGUGUAAAUAUACUUUUUUUGGUGCGCUGGCUGUUGGACCAUCGCUUGGUGCUAGAUACGAUGAGAUUGUUCCCAAUUUCAUCCAGCUUAGAUAGUUCACCCGAGGAACUGAACAAUGCAGAAAAAAGUCACGCAAGACUUUACCUAAAUGUAUAUGAUCUUACUCCUAUUAACCACUAUCUUUAUUGGUUAGGGCUCGGAAUCUAUCAUUCUGGAAUAGAAGUUCAUGGCAUGGAGUAUGGCUUCGGAGCUCAUGAGUUCUCAACCAGUGGAGUGUUUGAGGUUGAACCAAGAAGUUGCCCUGGUUUUAUCUUCAGGCGCUCAAUUCUUUUGGGCAGUACUGACAUGUCUCGUUCAGAAUUUCGGUCAUUCAUGGAGCAUCUAUCCAAUAAAUUUCAUGGAGAUACAUACCAUUUGAUUUCUAAAAAUUGCAAUCAUUUUACUGAUGAAGUUUGUCAGCGUUUAACUGGCAAAUCUAUACCUGGUUGGGUUAAUCGAUUGGCUCGAGUAGAAGAUGGGUCCGAGUUUGGUGCAUCGUCUGUAACCGGAGACAGUGAUGAGGAGGAUCUUGAUCAUCAUCUACUUACCACACCAAGCAGUGAUGUGGCAUUUUUGAAAGAUAAACCAGUGAAACUUGCAAAGGAUGUUCUUUAAAUUUCAGUUUUGGUUUACUUAUUAGUUUUGUAAUGUUUGUGGUGUUUGUACUAGAAUGUGUAAAUCUAUUGUAUUUUGUUGAAGACAUAGACAUCACCUUGUUGUCUGAGUGCUGUAUUGGUGUUUGUUGUGCAUUUAAAAUGCACGGUAAAUUUGACUUGGGUUUUCUCAUGCUCCACAUAGUUGAUUGCGGCAUGAUUUUGGGCGGAAGAGUUUUGUGUGACAUCUUCCUUUCUCAGCUGGACUCAGUGAAGAACAUGUUUUGAUGAUUGAGAUACGUGUAUUGCUUUUGCUCCAUAACUAUCUUGUAACCAACUAUUGUUAUUUGUGAUGAUUGUUACUGACCAAUUGUUCUGUAUUCCUAAAACUUGGUUUUUGGUCUCCUCUUGUGAAUCCUGAAAAUGCU